GGCAAAUGUUUACAACAUUUCGCUUAGUUGGGGUAUUAAAGUAUCAGAUUUUUUUUUUAUAUUGCUAAGCUUACUAAGACUGGACAAAAAAACAAACACAGAUUUUAUUUUAAACAAAUGUUGUCGGUACAUCUAUAUUUAAAAGAGAACAGAGUACAGACACAUUGAAAUGGAUGUCAGCUGGCGAUGGCAACUACCUAUCUUGUUAAUGGUUAUCUGCGCCAUCCUAGGCUGCGAAACGUCUGGAGCCCAAUGCCAGGAUAAUUCCCGCUUAGGUAACGAUUCCAUCUUUACACAAGACACGAUUGCCAAGGGUUCAUUCAGCAACGAGGGCAUCAGACAUGGUAUGAACGAUCUGGGCCGUUUACCCCAUGACGUCAGGUGUACUGGACACGAUGAGAGGUCUAGUUUGGCCGAGAUGGACUUCACCAACAACUUCAAUACGUGCCCGGCUAACGAAACUGUGGGGAACUUGCCGUGUGAUGACAUUAUUAGUGGCGGCAGUUGCCAAAUACCAAUAGAGUCGGACCCUGGCUUCACAUUUCAACUUGACGUCUUUGGCGUCUGCUACAAUGUCACUGUCAUCGAAGUCAAUGGAGGAAAGAUCGACUACCUCGAGAUGUUCGAGAAGUUGAAUCUUCUUCUUGUCCCCGAAGAAACAACCAACGAUAGCACACUGUACAAGACCGAGAUCUCUGAAAGUGAUGAGAUGAAAGUCAACUUCCCGUCUAAUUUUGUCGUUCACAUUAGCGAAAACAAGUCUCGGAUCUUGAACGUCACGGCUGUUUCGCACACCGGAAAGUGCAGAGACCUUGGAAUCCGGCGGAAAGUUGCCAAAACUUGGCUUUACAAAACGUUUGAAUCCUCACGAAAAUACUCUACUUGGUACGUAGGCCUAUAG